GGUUUGCGCCUGAGAAACACUGCCUGAACAUUGUUCUGUGAUUUAAAGGGAGCUGGAUCAUGAAACUUUGAAACAAACUGAACACACAGCCAAAUUUCAAUGGAGUUUUAAGAGCUGACAAAACUUCUGAAGCUUCUUAAUCAUGAGAAAACAAAAGCAAUUCCUGAAAAGACCAGUGUUUUUGCUCCUGGGCAUUUGUUUCCUGUGGUGUCUCAUCCUGCCAUAUUUUAUUCUGACAAAAGUUGACCAGAGGAGCAGCAGUGCAACUCCUGACAGCAGACUGAGGCAGAACAGGAAAGUGUGGCUGGAAACAAGCAAGGCCCACGAUGUGAUGAAGAUUUUUGUGGCAUUUGUGGAUGAUCUACUUGACAUUGUUGAGUCAGAUGAUAAAGUCUCCUCGUCGGUGCGUUUUAAAGGCUACAAAGAGGAAAUAAAAGCUGUUCAGGAGAAAAUGGAGGCAGAGAAGGCAAAAGGUCAAAUGAAGGAUGAGAUGAUAAAGGAGCUGCAUGCUGAUAAAGUUCAUUUGCAGCAAGAAGUGACUCGACUAGAGGAACUCCUGAAGCUGCAGCUGAUGAAGGAAGAGAAGAAAGAACAAGUCAAAGCCGAGGAUGAAAUCUCAGAGGAUAAAUAUUGCCCGCUGCCACCUUUAGAUGGGUUUCCAGAUUGUAAGGGGAAAAUCAAGUGGAUGAAGGACAUGUGGCAAACAGACCCUUGCUACAGCAGUUAUGGUGUAAAUGGAUCUCUGUGCUCUUUCCUCAUCUACCUGAGCGAGAUAGAGUCCUGGUGUCCUGUUCUUUCACACAGAGUCGUCCCUUCAGUCAGUUCAGUAACCAAACAGCCAGAAUUAAAGCAUGCAGUGGUGCGCAAACAUUUUGAAGGUCUACACCAGUCUUUGCACAACAACACCGAAUUCCUUUGGAUUAAGCAGAGAAUUCAGAGUAUGGAACAAAUCUGGUUGGAGGCGGGACAAUCUCUUUCAGCCAAAAACAACCUCACAGAGCGGAGAGCUAAACAGAUACUUGUGCAUCCUGGUGUGCUUACGAAAGAAGCAGGUCUGAAAAUAGCAGACAAUGCUUUCAGUGGAGGCCCACUCGGGGAGCUGGUUCAGUGGAGUGACCUGAUAUCUGCACUUCAUGUUUUGGGUCACCAUCUUCACCUGUCGGCCUCCAUACCAAGCCUCAAGAUGUUUUUUGGGAUUCAGAUAGGCGGCUGCCCCCCUCAACACCCAAAAAUUGAUGCAGACCUGAUCUACACGGAUAUAAUUGGUCUUAGACAAAUUCAGUCUGUACUUAAAGCAUCAUGGAUAAAAUACAAGUGUAUAAUCCGUGUGCUGGACUCUUUUGGCACUGAACCAGACUUCAAUCAUGCAGACUGGGCUAAAAGAUACGACCUUAAAAGUCCGUUUGGGAGCCUCGAUAUGUUCCCCAUGCAGUUCUACACCAUGUUCCCUCAUACGCCAGACAACACAUUCCUCGGCUUUGUGGUGCAACAUCAGUUAAACCAGGAGGACGACAAGAAACUGAGCUCCACCCAGAAGAAAAACCAGGCUCUUGUUUAUGGGAAGAGUGCCACAUUUUGGCAGGGUAAAGAGUCUUAUCUGGAUGUUAUUCACAAGUACCUUGAAAUCCAUGCGACAGUUGACAACAGUACUCUGAUUCCAAAUUAUGUGAUAAACCAUGGGAUUAUCAAAGGAACUGAUGUGCAGACUCUGUUGAGACAAAGCAAAGUUUUUGUUGGGUUGUCAUUCCCAUAUGAAGGACCCGCCCCUCUGGAAGCCUUAGCCAAUGGCUGCGCUUUUCUGAACCCCAGAUUAAAACCACCACACAGCAGACUAAACACUGAGUUCUUCAAAGGAAAGCCCACCAUCAGAGAGGUGACCUCUCAGCACCCGUAUGCUGAAGACAUAGGUGAGCUAGAUGUGGAGAGAGCUAUCACUGGGAUUCUCAACAGCACUGUAAAGCCCUACCUUCCCUAUGAGUUUACCUGUGAAGGAAUGCUCCAGAGGGUUAAUGUCUUAAUUGAAAAGCAGGACUUUUGCUCACCUUCUAUACCCUGGCCUCCCCUGAGUGCACUCCAAGUAGUGGUAGCAGAGGCAGGUACAUCGUGUAAACAGGCAUGUCGAAGGGCAGGGCUGAUCUGCGAACCUACAUUUUUUCCAUACCUAAACAAUGCUAAAACUCUCGCCAACCAAGAUAUAGCUUGUCAAACAUCAGAGUUUUCUGAUGGCCACAUUGUGUACCCAGCCUACAACAGGACCAGUAAUCAUUGCCUGUUCCAGUUGGAUCCUCUGCUCUACAGCUGUGUCAGAUCUGACCAGUCCCUUAAUCGCAUCUGCCCCUGCAGAGACUACAUCAAGGACCAAGUAGCCUUGUGUAAGGCAUGUAUAUAGCUGCUAAACAACGAACAAAUCACCUUUGAAUGAUGUCAGUUUGGCAUUUCCACCUGGAGUUUCCAAGUUAACAAUAUUGGUCUUUUGUAAGUUGAAGCUUUAAAAUAAAGAGUUCACCAACUGAUUACUUCAGGAGUUAAACAAAGUCCGUUAUCCCUGACAGUGGGACACACACAUUAAAAAAUAACUAUAAUAAGAUAAACUUGUGUUAUCUUAUGGGUCACAUACAGCCUGUCUUCUGUGUUUUAAUUUAAAAACAUCCAUCUUGGUUGUUAUGCAUUAUUUUAAUGUUGGCACUGCAGCUAAAGAUGUUUGCAUUUCUUUUUUUUUUUUUUGUAUUGCAACUCAUUCACAAUAGAUGUAUUGUAUGUAUUUCAAACUACCUUUGCCUUUUUUGUUUCAAGUAUUUAUUUAAAAUGAUCUUCAAUUCUCUUGGUAAUGUGACGGUUUAAUGACUGCAUAUAUAGCACUUGCAAUACUCAGGAUUUAGCUUUUGGUACAAACACAAGUCUGCUCAUUAGCAUCAACUGCUGGGUUUACACUAAAUGAACAAAGUGUACAAAAUAUUGGUCUUGGACUUUAGUACCUUUUUGAAUUAACUUUAUUUGCUGACAUUUAAGGACUCUGUUCUAAUAAAAAGAAAAAGCAGGCAACAAUCUCUGACAUUAAGGAAAUAAUACAAAACCCUUAAACCCAUCGCUCACUUAAUGCAUGUUGUCAGGACAGAGUAACUCAGGCUUGAUGUGGAUGAUGAUGAAAAGGUGUGAAAUAUAGCCUUACUUUAGGUGACAAGAAAGCUUAUUUGGGUAGUUUGCCAAUAUUGUGGAGCGAAUAAUCCUUUUACUGCCUCUUUAACAUAAGGAAAUGAUUUGUGCCAAAAAAUAGCAUAAUAAAUCAAUCUCAUCUUAAAUGCAUGGUAAGAUUAUUAUUUUAUUUUUGUUUUGAGGGUGAAACUUUUAAUUGUGUCUUUCUCCCAAUGUUAAUUUAUUAAAGAUAGGUUGAUUAAUUUAAGAUAAUUCAAAAUAUGCAGAUUUUCAAGUACAAUUUGUGUAUUUUGUAUUAUACAACUUUUCAUUAAUUUUCAAACAUCCAGAGUAAAAAAAAAAAAAUUAACUUGUAGAUCCAUAGAGAUGUCUAAUAAAUCCUAAAAGUUCAUAGAUCUGUUGUAUUUAGUUCAGUAAACAAGGUACACACUAGUAUUGUUUUCAUACAUUUUUAUAAUUUGGACCAAUUUUUGCAAAAGUUUUUGAUGGGUAACAGAUAAAAGAAGAAAAAUAUAUUUUCCUACCCACAAUGGUGCUCUCACUGUUGACCCUAUGAUGGGUGAAAGAAGAGGCACUAGAUAGAAGCUACAAUUUGCAGUAUCCAAAUUGACAAUCUGUCCAUUGUGUGUGAUCAGCAGACAUGCUGUACGCUGUCACCAUCUGCUGGCAGUUUUUACUCAUGCCUUCAAUUUGGCAGCUUGCUAUUUGCAUGAACAUCAACACUUAUAGUGUAUUCUAAGUUCUACUUGUGUCUUAUCUCUCUCUGCAUCCAAUUUUUUUAUUUUAUUUUUUUAUAGCUUUUUCACACUUAGUGUUAUAUAUUUCCUCUUUCUUAUCCCACUCACAGCUUGAUAAAUGAUGA